AUGGCUGAAUCUCAUAGAUUAUACGUUAAGGGUAGACACGUUUCUUACCAAAGAUCCAAGAACGUUAGCAACCCUAACGUUUCCUUGAUUCAAAUCGAAGGUGUUGCCAGCCCUGCUGAAGCCAAGUUCUACUUGGGUAAGAGAAUUGCUUACGUUUACAGAGCCUCUACUCCUAUCAGAGGUUCCAAGAUCAGAGUCAUCUGGGGUAAGGUCACCAGAACCCACGGUAACAACGGUUUGGUCAGAGCUAACUUUAAGAAGAACUUGCCAACCAAGACCUUAGGUGCUUCCGUCAGAGUUAUGCUUUACCCUUCCAACAUCUAA